AUGUUUCUUUUGCAGAUAAGAUGUAAGAAUCCAAACCUGUGCAGCGGUAAAGGAACUAAGGUGACACUAACUGACCGCAACUACGAUAACCGAACCGACUUUGUUCUUAGCAGCAAAGCUUUCAUGGCCAUGGCGAACAAGGGAAAGGCUCAAGACAUUCUGAAAGCUGGGAUUGUGAACGUCGAAUACAAAAGGAUACCUUGUGAAUACAAAAACCAGAACUUAGCCGUUAGGGUUGAAGAAUCAAGCCAGAAACCAUAUUACCUGCAACUUAAACUGCUGUACCAAGGCGGCCAGACAGAGGUUGUGGCCAUUGAUGUAGCUCGGGUCGGGUCUUCUUCGAGCUGGAACUCCAUGAAUAGGAACUAUGGGGCAGUUUGGGAUACAAACAGAUUCCCAAAUGGUGCGUUGCAAUUCAGAUUCAAGGUCAUUUCUGGGUAUGGAAGCAGGUGGAUUUUGGCAAAGUAUGUGCUUCCAGCUGACUGGAAAACUGGAGUUGUUUAUGAUACCGGAGUUCAAAUCACUGACAUUGCACAGGAAAAUUGCUCUCCUUGUGAUUAUGGGACUUGGUAAUGACAAGAUAAACAAAAGGAGAAAGAAAAUAUUUACGUUCCUAUGCAUGGUUUGAAUAAUAUCUAAAUAAUUGCAAGCAUUUCGCUAUGGGUAUGCUAUAAAUAUUUGUUUUCAUGAUUUGUAACAGAUUUUCAAUAAAAAAAUAUGAAUAAAAUAAUCCAAAUGUU